GGACCAAGGCACGUUGCGAAUGGCGGAGAUCCUGAGGCGGGCGCUUAACUGGGGCCGCCCGGCUGGGCCCCAGCAGGAGAACGCUGCUGAGAUCGGGCCACCUUUGCUGCUGCUCGGAGGUCCAGGCUCUGGAAAGACAGCGCUGCUCUUGGCAGCGGCUCUGGAGGUGGCGGGGGAGGACCGAGGCUCCGUCCUCUUCUUGACCCGGGUGCCUCUGCAAAGCCUGCCCCGCGGAACCCGGGCCGGGCUAGAUCCCUUGCGGCUGCAGAAGAUCCGUUUUCAAUACCCAAGCUCAACCCGUGAGCUUCUUCGUCUCCUGUGCUCAGCUCAUGAAACCCCGGGGCCAGCCCCUUCACUCCUGCUGCUGGAUGGCCUGGAAAAGUACCUCAUGGAAGACCUGGGAACUCAAGGAACUGCCCACCUGGCUGCCCUGCUUCUAGACACAGCUGCCCACUUCAGCCACCGGGUUGGGCCAGGCCGGGGCUGUGGGCUCAUUGUGACCCUGCAGACCCAGGAGGAAGGAAACAGUGGUGAUACCCUGCAGCUGUUGUUGCUCCAGAGGUAUUUCCCUGCCCAGUGCUGGCUACAGCUGGAGGCACCAGGUCCAGGUCCCCACCGCCUUCGAAUCUGCCUGGAGCCCAGAGAACUGGGCCCUAGAGCAGAGUGGUGGAUGUCUUUCCAACAAGAUGGAGAGAUGACAAUCACUUCAUGUGCCACCCAGACUGGUAAUCCUAGUUCAGACAAGAGCUCAAGUUCUGAAGGCCAAUCUUGAGCUUUUGACCACCUCUCUUGUUUCUCAAGGCUGGAAAUUAACCUCAGGGACAUGUACCCACUCUAAGACCUAAAGAAUGUAAAGUGAAUUUUAAACUCAAUAAUAGUAUUGUGUACAUAUUAUGCCUAAGCAAUAUAUUGUUUAGUUUUGCUCUUUGUAACUAUAUUAAAUGAACUUUAUGAAAAAUUUAAUCUGAGACUUCCUUUUGCCACUCAACAUUGUUACUAAGAUUUAGCCAUAUUUUUUAGACCAUUCCUUUUUCUUCAUAUAAUUCCAUGAGUGACUAUACCCCAAUUUAUUAAUCAGAUUUACUUCUUUACUGCUAUGAACAUCCUUUCACAUACAUCCUUGCGCAUGGGUGUACGUUUUUAGGACAUACAUCUAGAAGUGGAAUUGCUGGAGCAAAAAGUACAUAAUUGUUGUUCUGCUUUCCUAGGUUAUAUAUCAAAUUGUAAAUAAAAGUGAUUAAAACAGAACUUCCAUUGAACCACUUAUAACAUGGCUUAACAGACUAGAGCCCUAUGAAUUAAUAAUGUUAUCAUUAUUGUUAUUAGUUGCAGAGACUCUUUACAUAACUGUCUUCUCCCUGGGACUUGUGAAAAGAUGGCAGCCACUUCUCAGCUAGAUCCCCCAAAUAGUCCAUAGAAUCUUCUGCUUUUCUCUUUGCCUGUUGACUAACAGGGUAUAGAUGAUCCAUCUGAAGAUUCCAGGAUGGCCCUGUGGCAUAGUGAAAUCUAUAGUCUGGAAGAGUCUGGGUUUCUGACUCAUCCCAGGGAGGGCUACCCACCUAUUUGAAUGGAGGUAUGAGAGAGAAACCAUUUUAUGUGUUAAGACAUUCAGAUUAGUUGUUUAUUAUGGCAACUGAUGUAACUUAUACUGAAUACCUACUUUUAUUCAAAUUGCCAGAUCCAAAAUUUCACAUUGAGCUCAAGGCCUAUUACUAUAGCCUGGGCCCAGAGAAAUAUGGGGUUUACAGAAU